AUGCAUUUUCAAAUUGACCUCGUUCUUCUGUGUGAGAUCCUUCAGGAGUGCCUUCACGAGAUUGUCGUGGUGAGUCUCGUGGGGUUUGAUCAUUUUGCGGAUCUCGCUGAUUUUGCUGGUCUUGUAGUUGAUUGUGGCGAUGGAGGUUGUUGUGCAAUUCCAUUUAUUGAAGGAUACCCAUUUUUGUCUGCUGUUUCACAAUCAUAUGUUACUCCUCGUGAUCUCUCUCGAAAUCUAGGGGCAAUGAUAAACUAUGAAGUACUCGUACAUGGUAAACAAAUUAGCGGGCCGUUGUGCUUAGCUGAUGACAUAAGGAAUAAAUGUUGUUAUAUCGCAUUGGAUUUUGAAGAGGAGAUGGAGAUAGCGAAAAAUAACUCUGCAAUGAUCGAGGAGUCUUACGAAUUACCUAGUGGAAAAAUCUUAACCAUUGCUUCACAGAGGUUUCGUUUUCCUGAAGUACUAUUCAAUUCAUCAGUUUCAUUUCUUAGACUUGAUAGUUUAAGCAUUCAUGAAAUGACAUACAAUUCUAUUAUGAAAUCUGAUGUGAAUAUAAGACGGAGUUUAUUUAAGAAUAUUGUUCUUGCUGGUGGUUUAACCAUGAUUCGAGGUUUCGUAGAUCGUUUCACUAAAGAAAUGACAUCUCUAGCUCCCAACAACAUGAAAAUCGAAGUGGUUGCUCCUCUCGAGAGAAAAUAUAGUGCAUGGAAUGGAGGAUCCAUCUUAGCAUCCCUGGAUAGUUUUGAGCAGGUUUAUUCUCUUCUUCCUAUCACUAACAACUCUUAUUAUCUUGUUGUUGUUACUGCUUGUUGCUACUGCUUUCUUUUCCUCUUUCCUUGA